AUGACCAACCCCGACGCCGUCAGAGACAAAUUCUACGAGGAUCUGCACGCACUCUUGGCGACUGUGUCGAAGGCGGACAAGUUAAUUGUCCUUGGUGACUUCACCGCCCGCGUCGGCACAGACCAUACUGCCUGGAGGGGAGUGCUGGGUCCCCACGGUCUCCGCGGCUCAAACGACAACGGCCUGCUGCUGCUCCGCACCUGCGCAGAACACGGCCUCCUCCUGACGGACACCUCCUUCUGUCUCCCGGAGCGAGAGAAGGCCACCUGGAGGCAUCCUCGGUCGCGUCGGUGGCACCUGCUGGACUAUGUCCACGUCCGGAGGCGAGAUCAGCGGGACGUGCUUGUGACGAAGGCGAUCGCGGGUGCAGACGGGUGGGUCGAUCACCGCCUCGUCAUAUCGAAGAUGCGAAUUCGUCUACAGCCUCGCAGGAGACCACAAGGUAAGCGACCCCCAGGUAAGCUGAAUGUUGCUUUGUUGUCUUUGCCUGUUCACCGUCUCCAUUUCAGCAAUGAGCUAGCUCAACGGCUAGACAACAUUCCAAUCGCUGCCGACGCCGCCACUGCCUAG